AUGUUCCCAAAGAGGAAGAUACAGAGGCACAUGUCAACCAAAGAGGAAGAUACAGGAAGCACAAGUCAACCAAAAAGGAAGAUACAGGAAGCACAAGUCAACCAAAGAGGAAGAUACAGGAAGCACAUGUCAACCAAAGAGGAAGAUACAGGAAGCACAAGUCAACCAAAAAGGAAGAUACAGGAAGCACAUGUCAACCAAAGAGGAAGAAACAGGAAGCACAUGUCAACCAAAGAGGAAGAUACAGGAAGCACAUGUCAACGAAAGAGGAAGAUACAGGAAGCAGAUGUCAACGAAAGAGGAAGAUACAGGAAGCACAUGUCAACCAAAGAGGAAGAUACAGGAAGCACAUGUCAACGAAAGAGGAAGAUACAGGAAGCACAAGUCAACCAAAAAGGAAGAUACAGGAAGCACAAGUCAACCAAAGAGGAAGAUACAGGAAGCACAUGUCAACGAAAGAGGAAGAUACAGGAAGCACAAGUCAACCAAAAAGGAAGAUACAGGAAGCAUAUGUCAACCAAAGAGGAAGAAACAGGAAGCACAUGUCAACCAAAGAGGAAGAUACAGGAAGCACAUGUCAACGAAAGAGGAAGAUACAGGAAGCAGAUAUCAACGAAAGAGGAAGAUACAGGAAGCACAUGUCAACCAAAGAGGAAGAUACAGGAAGCACAUGUCAACGAAAGAGGAAGAUACAGGAAGCAGAUGUCACCAAAGAGGAAGAUACAGGAAGCACAUGUCAACCAAAGAGGAAGAUACAGGAAGCACAAGUCAACCAAAGAGGAAGAUACAGGAAGCACAUGUCAACCAAAGAGGAAGAUACAGGAAGUACAAGUGAACGAAAGGGGAAGAUACAGGAAGCACAUGUCAACCAAAGAGGAAGAUACAGGAAGCACAAGUAAACCAAAGAGGAAGAUGCAGGAAGUACAUGUCAACCAAAAAGGAAGACACAGGAAGCACAUGUCAACCAAAGAGGAAGAUACAGGAAGCACAUGUCAACGAAAGAGGAAGAUACAGGAAGCAGAUGUCACCAAAGAGGAAGAUACAGGAAACUAUCAUGCCUCACUGAAUUUGACGAGGAUACAAUAG